AUGUUAGAAAGUGUUUACCGUUUUACAAUCGGUUCGUUGGCUGGUGCAUGCGGUGCAACGGCAGUAUAUCCGAUCGACUUAGUGAAGACUCGGAUGCAGAACCAGCGGUCAAGUGAAUUUGUUGGUGAACUUGCAUACAAAAAUAGCUUGGACUGUUUCAAAAAAGUUGUAAAAUAUGAGGGUGUGCUAGGCUUAUAUAGAGGAUUACUUCCUCAAAUCGUUGGUGUUGCUCCAGAAAAAGCCAUUAAAUUAACAGUAAAUGACUUUGUUCGUGAUAAAUUUACGAUUAAUGGGCAAGUUCCACUUUGGGCUGAAGUCCUGGCUGGAGGAUGUGGUGGAGCAAGUCAAGUUAUAUUUACGAAUCCAUUGGAAAUUGUUAAAAUAAGAUUGCAGGUUGCCGGUGAAGUACAUGGCGCCACUAGGAUAGGAGUCGUGAGUGUCUUGAAGGAAUUGGGAUUUUUUGGCUUGUACAAGGGAGCUAAAGCUUGCUUUCUUCGUGAUAUACCAUUUUCAGCUAUUUAUUUUCCAGUUUAUGCGCAUGCGAAAUCAGCAACAGCAGAUGAAAAUGGCCAUAAUGGACCAUCAUCAUUAUUUUCUUCUGCAUUUUUCGCUGGAAUACCUGCAGCUGCUUUGGUUACUCCAGCUGAUGUUAUCAAAACUCGUCUACAAGUUGCAGCUCGUGCUGGACAAACAAUAUAUGAUGGUCUUUUUGAUUGCUUUAAGAAGAUAAUGCAAGAGGAAGGACCAACAGCAUUCUGGAAAGGUACAGCUGCUCGAGUUUGUCGAUCCAGCCCACAAUUUGCAUUUACAUUACUUACUUAUGAAUUACUUCAACGUAUUUUCUACAUUGAUUUUGGUGGAAUUCGGCCUGCUGGUUCAGAGGUUCCUGUUAAUUUUCCUUCUUAUGAUGUUUCAAUGAAUCCUGACCACAUUGGUGGUUAUAAACAUGCUGCAGCUACUUUUAGUGGUGUUGAACAUAAAUUUGGAUUAUUUAUGCCUCGAUUUGAAUCCAGGAGUUAG